CCACAAAUUCCCUUUUCCCUCUCCCAAAACAAUUGAAAAUUCAUUGAACCCACUGAUGUCCAAAACCUCAACAUUUCCCUCCCCCGCAAUCAGCAUUCAAACGUUGCCAUGCCACUAUCGAUUUCAGUUUGCGCAUGAACUCCAUCGUCUCAAUUGUCCUAUAUUCUCACCUUCCACCCCAGUGCAACACUCCGCGUCAACCCCGAAGAGCCCCCGUGAUCAUGCAGUGCUUGAAAAAUAUCUCAAACAUCCUGGAGCUCCCCCAGAAAAUUCCCAAAAAUAUUUUCAAACUGCGAUGCUAAACGCAUCAAAUUCACUUCACCGCUGUUGCUCAUUGCAAUCAUCAUCUGGACCACCGGAGUUGAGAAAAACACGUCGUCUUCAUGGUCUCCAACUGCCUCUGCAUCCCCUCCAAGUUGGUGGCUGGUUGGUGCUAGUGCUCCUGUCCUCUGGUGGAUUUGUAUCGGUCAUUCCCCACCUGUCUGCACCCCUUCGCACCCCCUUCACCCUCACCCUGGGUGCAAUACUUGCUGUUCACGCUUUUACCCACGUAUUCGCCCUAGUGCUCGAUCCCUCUGAUCCCCAGGUCCGCAAACAACCGACGAACAAUGUUGUUCCAGAAUUUGAUCGGACGAAACAUCUGCACGUUAUUGAAAAUGGCAGAUGCCACUUGUGCAACAUAACAACAACUUCCAAGCGAACUAAACAUUGUUCAGUUUGCAACAAGUGCGUUAAGAAAUUUGAUCAUCACUGCAUGUGGUUGAAUAGCUGUGUUGGCGAGCGUAAUUAUAAAUUUUUUAUUGUAUGCGUUGUAUCCGCUAUUUUUGGCUCAGUGAUAUUGGUUGGAUUGAGCUUCGGUGAAGUGUUAGUGACUAUCGAGCGUCAUUUUAACGGUGUAAAUAUGACGAUGGAGAACAUAACGAUGCCGAUAGUGUCGAUACAGCCAAUUCAGAGUACAAGUACUUUGAUUAUAAUUUCCCUUGUCGGGGUUUUGUCAGCUAUAGCAGCAGCAUUGCUCAUUCACUUGUGCAUUUUCCACGGAUACAUCGCCUACUUGGGUUUGACGACGUACGAGUAUGUGAGGAACAAACGGGAGCAGAGGGCCCUCAUGCAGGAAGACCAUUCGAAAAUGUCCCACUCAAGUAUCAGCAAUUACCAUUUUUGUAAGGAUUUAAAAAGCGGUGAGGAGCCGCCGAAGGUCAGUGAUACCAGCCAGGUCUAUAUAUGCUCAACUCACACCACGCAAAGUGAUAGUACUCCUGGACGGAACAAGGAGAAGCGAAAUUUCCAUUUGUAUUUUACGUACGAAACACCGGCUGACGCGACUUCGUUCGAGCUGAGCCAGACGGCGUCGGGGGAGCAGAGACCCGAAGACUUCACGGAGUCCGUCAAAGGAGCGGAGUUGAAGCCACUGACACCGUCGCCCGUGUCCUGCUGUUUCUCCAUAAUGCACCGCAGCUGGACGGAUCGGAAGAAGAAGAAGGGAUCGAGCCACAGGAAUGAGGAGGACAAGGUGGUGACGCGUUGCACUCCCGUCCGGAGGAUUCAGACCUUUUUGCGGAGCCGACUGCGGAAGAAUGCGCGCCAGAGAACGUUGGACUCCACGCGCGGACGGAAAAAUCGAAUUGGGCCGAUAAUUGGGUCGAGCGGACCCAAUGCUGAGGAGGCGAAAAAUGGGCCGCAGAUUGAGGAGAAAGGAUCGCCGAUUGAGAGCAUCGCGGGAAAUAUUCAGCGGGAGAGUCCUGAGGUGUCAAACGUCAGUUUGGAAGUUGCGGUGAGACCGAUCAAGCUACCGCCACUUAAUCUACCGUCCACGGAUGAUAUUAUUCAUGAGAACAGUGUGUUCACGCUACCGGUGAUGAAGAGGAGCCAGCAGUUGAGGAUUCGGAGGCCUAGUUUUCACAGACGACCCAGGUUCAAGAUGAGUCCGCAUGUGACGCAAUCUGCUCAAUUGUCACCUAUUCCAGAGUCGGAAUUCUCCAAACCCGCUUCGCCAAGGUCACCACCGAAGCUCAAGCAUUUCACCUUUCCGCCCACUUCCACUGACUGAUUCAUUUUUUUUAUCAAUCGUGUUCUACGAGGUAGUUUUAUAGGCAAUUGGUUGUAAAAGAUUUUUGAAUGAUUGAUGCGCGGAGAUAAAAUGUUGGAAAAAGUAUGUGAAAAGUUCGGUUGAAGUUGUCUGGAAGCUCAACCUGAGGACAAAUCUUAAAGAAGCUGUUUAAUUAAAUUUUUAAUCACAUUUUUAGGUAUUGAUAAAAUGCCGUCAUAAUGAAAAUGGCUAUGAAACAUCGCACCAUAAGACCACACGUUAUUUAUUUGAAAAUUUAAUGUGUAACAUAAAAUUGGUAAAAUUCAAAAGUGCUAAAGUUUCUAUUUGGGAAAAUGCCAUUUUUUUACGAUUCAACAUCGUAUUUUUUAUUUUAGCUCGCGGUAAACACACAGACGGAGGUCAGUUAAAAAUCCAUAAACAAAUACUUUUAACAAUACAAUUUGUAAUAUAUAGAGGCUGAUUUUCUUAAUAUUUCUAAUAUUAUUUCUACCUCUUGUUGUUCAGCCAAAAGUCUCGAAUAUUAGAAAAUUAUUGUUCUCGUUCGAGAAAUAUUCUAUUAAUAAAUAUAUAUCUUUUUUAAGAAUUAUAGAAAUUUCUUUUAAAAAACAUAUACAUUUGACAAUACAUUUGGUUCCAUUUCGUAUUAUUAAAAACUCCAGUUCAUGUAUUGAAAAAAUUCAAUAAAUAUGGAAAUCGGGAUAAUAAUUUGAUAGUUCACUGUGUAAUAUUUUUGCAAUACAGAUGUGUUUAAAUACUUCAAUCUGUACAGCAAAAUUCCAUUACUUGUAUUAGAACAUUUCAAUACAUCUGGAGAUCCAAUACGAGUGUUGUUUUUUACGUUACGCUACUGCUUUCAUGCGAUACCCUAUUCUGAUUUUUGAUUAUGUGUUGCAUAAUGACAGCGAAACCGAUGGCAUAUCAAGAUCAUUAUCGAGUAUUUAAUUUUAUUAAUACUUAUGCAAUGAAAAAGUGUUUGAAAUUUACAAACAUUUUUAACAGUGUAUGAAGCACAGCAGACUCACCAUUCAAUAAACGCCAAUUUAUUUUUGAGCAGAGCGAUUUUUAAAAAUCAGCUGUGCAAAAUUAACGAAAUAGCAUUUUGUACAAAGUGAACAAUUUAAUUUUGCUAUGGUAAUAAGUAUAAAAAACAAUCGAGUAUUUCAAAACUUUAUUUAUGUUCUGGGUCUUAUUUCGGUUAUUCAUAGAAAAAAUUGAAAAAAAUUCUGUAGAAGAAACAAAAAAAAAUCACACAAUAAAAUAAAGAGGAGACAAUUUUAGGACGUCUUUAAAUCCAACUAUGGCCCGUCAUUGCAAUGCUAACAUAACGAGUGUGUUUUUGGAAUUUGUUUUUAUGUACCAGAGGAGUAGACAAAAUUAAUGAAUCAGUUCUAUAAACUUUAGCGUAUCGUUUUAUUUUUAUCCAAACAGGAUUCGAACUCAUGACUUUUAGCUUCUGAGGCGAGGAUUUUAUAUGGACUGAGGGAAAAAAUGAUUUUUGCCAAAGAUCCAUUGACUUCAGAGAAAUAAUAAUAUUUUUCCAGUCUCUCAUUUCUCGAGUUGAAUUAUCACUAGUUAAUCCUCAUUAGAUUUGAAAUACGUUUAUUAUAUAACUCUUUCAAUAAUAAUAAACGUUAACAAAUCACUAAUCUAGAAUUAUCUUAAGUGAAUUGUUCUAAAACAUGAUCGUGUUAAUUAUAGCCUUGGGAAAACCCCUUCGAUAAUUAUGAAAAUGACAGAACAAUAAUUCGUCGUUCAAAGUCCUUAAGGGAGUUUCUUUGGGGUAUACAAUCAUCCUCAAGGUAAAGACAAAGAGAAAGAGUGAGGAGUGGUACGAAAAAUCAAAAUGACUGUCUCUCUCUUUUUUUCAUGAUUUCAGGCAAAAAUGAUUGAAAUAAUUGGUCUGUACAUGAUUAUGUGUUGAAUCACGUACUUUUUCCUGUAUUUUAUGCUCCGCGUGGGGAGUCAGGUCGUGCCAUAAUUAAUUAUCCAAACAAUUUGUCGAUUCAUAGAUUGAGUGGAAUUUUUCAUCUUUAUCAGUAUUCACCGAUUUUUAGUUUUAUAGUCUUGAAUGAGCUGUUAAGAGUGUAAAUUGUAAUAUAGGGGGAGAAUUAGCGGAGGAAACAUUCCAUUAUCCAUUAUUUAUAAAUUAGAGAACAAUUUUGUGCGGAGUUAUUCGAGUAGAAUAUUGUUUCAACAAUUGUAAUUAAAAAUUUUAAAAGAGAAGUGGUACGAAUAUGGACCCAAAAAAAAGUUUAUGUUGAGACUUAAUGUGUCAAAUUUAGCGAAGAAAAUUCUCCUUAAGAAUAUCGAUUCUGAGAAAAUAAAAUGAGUAAAUCAAUGAAAUAUUUUUUCGAAAGAAAUAUUAUAAAAAUCAGUAGAACUUUAAUUAAUUAGAAUUAUUAUUAGAAAUAUUAUUAUUUUUCAUUUUUGUGGUAUUUGUGAUAUUUUAAAACAAUAAAUCCUUCCAAAUGGCAAACAAUAUCAAAUCGAAGAAAACGAGUUUGCAUUUAUUCAGGAAAAUAUUGUUUUGGUACUAUUGCAAAAAAUAUUUCUUUGGUUUUCACUGGUUAUUUCUCACGGUCAAAGAGUCUUUUAUAACUUCGUGUGGACUAUGCACAAGUGUCCGAAUGUCUAUCCAGACCUUAAGAACGUUCACACAUCUUUUCUGUUAAAAUUCAUGUUCUCUUUAUUUUUCUAAAAAAUUAUCGUUUGGAUUGAAACGAAAAAUAUAACAUUUCAAUUUUCGGUCAUUAUUUAAUGGCUCAAAAUUUUUUAAAAUUAUUUUCAGUUAAAAACGAAAACAAAAAAAAAUUGCAGACGAUUUGGAAGCGUCGUGAUCCAUUAAAUAAUGAUGAAAUGCGAAAAUUUUAUAUUUUUUUACGACAAUUCUGUCAGAAAAUUCCUAGAAAAAUGAAGAACAGGGUGUUUGGACAGGGAGGAACAUCCUUAGAAGGCUCUGCGUUGAGAAUUUUCUUUCGCUCACAGGAAAUUCACUGGGAUUUCUGUUUAGGAAUAUCUCAUUCUGCCACUUCCCUAUGGAUUUGUUCUCCUGUUCUACGAUUGCAAAUAAUUAUAAAGUAUUUUUGUAAUAAUAAAAAUUGAAUUCUCUAGAAAAGUGAAUAAUGAAUAAGGUAAACGAUAUCAAAACAUAGAUUUCAGGACAGAAAUUGAAUGAAUUAAGACUUAUUAGCAGGGAUAACAGUUUAUGUUCCAAAAAAUUUCAAUUUUUCAUUUUUUUCAAAGUCCAAGGAAAAUUGUAAUUAUCCGUCCCGCUCAAUGAAGAACCUGUCCAAGCACAUAGAGAUUAUUUUUUACAAUGAACAGUGACUGUACUUGAUAAUUCGAAAUAAAGAUCAUUCUGAUGGAUUGUAAUACGUAAUUAUUUGAAAUAAUUGUGUUGAAGUUUAGUUAUGGGAAAUGGCCUGGCACUAACUGGCACGGGGGUCCUCUUCCAGACAACAAAUGUCCAUUUCCGUUGCGUGACAGAAGUCGUCGCGUGACCAUCCCCUCUUUAUUCCCUAUGACUAAGGGUAAAAAGACGCCCGAUUACCCUGUGAUCCAUAAUUAUUUUCAACCACAUAAUUCAUCGUUUUAUGUAUAAACAAUUGUCGUGGUCAAGUAUUGCGACGACGUCGUAAAUCGCAGUGAAUGACAAACAAUAUUAUUCGCCACAUGACGAAAAUAACUGUGUAAUUUAUUAAAUCCGAUAACUGGUUGUGUUACGGUGACCUCAGGAUAACCGUAUAAUCGUCGUUAGGAUAGGACGAACCUGGAUGA